AUGGAUAUGAAUACAAUGUCUGCCAACAACGCGCUACCGCCCUCUCGCCGUGGACAGCAGGAUGCUCAACCUGCCUUGACGGUUGACUUCAAAGAGAGACUAGAAGGCGAUCAAUAUCAUCCAAAAAAGAACCCAAAGGGUAUUAUUGAUCUCGGUUCGGAUACCAACGAGUUGAUGCUUGAUAGCAUCGCAGGAUGGACAAGAUGGAAUUUGAAGAAAUGCGAGCUCAAAGAUGGUCUCGGUUACAACACCGUGCAAGAGUCUUCUGAACUGCUCAAUGCCGCCGCCAACUUCAUGACCGAACAUUUCGAAGCCCGAAUCCCUCUAACAGCAGACAACAUCCUCGCGGGGAAUGGCGCCACAGCCUUGUUAGACACACUCACAUACAAUAUCGCCGAUGAAGGUGACUCCAUACUUUGCCCUACACCCAGCUACGACAUGUCUGCCCGUGACAUCUCGACAAGAAAUGGAGUCCGUUUUGUCACAGUAUCAUGCGAAGACAUUCCCGGUGAACGUUUCACAGGGCUGCCCCGUCAAGAACAUGAAGCCACAAGUCAACCCGAGCUGGUCACCCGGCUAGAGAAAGCGAUCGAACGGGAAAGUAAUCAGGGCCACAAGGUUGCUGGUAUCCUGCUUGCAAAUCCUGAGGGCGCAUUAGGUCGAUGUUAUGAAGCACACAUACUACUCAAAGUAUCGCAGUUGUGUGCGCGGCAUAAAAUACAUCUUGUCGUGGAUGAGACGUAUUCCAUGAGCUCAGGGGAUAGCUAUAUUAGUAUUCUGAGCCUGGGCCUCGAUAUGAACAUCAGCAACGUGCAUGUGUUGUGGGGCAUUAGUAAAGACUUCGGACUCGGGGGGCUUAAUAUUGCCGUUCUUGCGACAUACAACAGACAGCUCUAUAAUGCCAUGAGGACAUCAAACAGAUUCAGUUGUGUUUCGUCGUUGAGUGCCAUGAUCACGACAAAGUUGUUGUCCGACAAGAAGUACAUGAGAGACCAUUACAAACCAACGCUUAACCGCCGACUCAAAAAGAGGCGGCAACUUGUCGAGGGCGAACUCAAAAGAUACGACAUUCCAUACUUAGAGGCUGACUCGGGCUUCUUCAUGUUCCUUAACUUGUCCUACUGGUUAGACCCACUGUUUGCUCAGCAUGGCAAGGAUGGCGACCUGGGUCUUCUCGAGUAUAUGAUGGAUAACUCUGUUUUCCUAGAACUUGGCAAGACAUUCUCCUCCAACAGGCCAGGCUGGUUUCGUCUGAACUUUGGAGGAGAAAAGCACACGGUCAAGACCGGCCUACAGAGAUUAUUCCGAUGUUUGAAUGCGCUCGAAGACAAACAAGAUCCGCUGGCUGUCGAAGACAUCACGUCGUAUUAUCCGCCACCUCGGUAUCAGGCCCUAAUGAUCCGCUCGCAUGGCAUAGCGAACUACGGCAUCAAACUGCACAACACGGACAAAACAACCCAUGCAUCCAAUGUGUACGGCCCAAUCUAG